UUCAAUAACGGUGGCCGUAGCAACGGGUUGGAAAUGCCCGAAACUGGUGAAAAUUGGGGGAAAAGCAAGCAAGCAGGGGGAGGCAGAGUGGACAAGAACUCCCGAAAACCGAAGAAGCAAAACAAAAAACAAAACAAGAAAGAAGAACAACAACCAUAACCAAAAAAAAAGUCUCAAACCAACCGAUAAACCUUUUGACGAAGCAGAACAACAACAGACACGAAACGAAAAGAAAGAAAAGAAAACAACAACCAACAAUACAGAGAUCUCUCUAUCCAAAGACCAGCAUGACGACGGGUUAUCUUUGGCAAAGGCAGCUUAGUUGGACAACUAUUGGAAUAUUAAGGAGCAAAAAAAGGUGACAAAAACACAGAAAGAAGUGGAGAAACAAAAACUCACUCCUCACACACGGCAAACACAGAAACCACACGAGAUGAUAACCAAUACACAUAAUCUUGAUACACAUACACAAAGAAACAAGCACUACCACUACUAAUACUUCUACUAUUACCACUACUGCUACUACUAAUACUUUAUAUUUAAAAACUGUAAAGGAUAAUAUCGAACCACGGCUGGAAUGUUGAUCGAAAUCUCGCACUGAAACGCAGCGUGUGCACGUAAACCCCUUUUUGUACAAUAUAUCCUGUAAAUGCGUCUCGUAUGUGUUUGUGCGCGCGUGCGUGACUGUGUAUGUGAGCGGGUGUGAUAGUGAGGCGUACGUGUCGUACCAGCGUAAUUUGUUGUAAAAUAAUUUCCUACGAGAUAAGACGACCCAAAACUGUCGGCAAGAAGUGAAGAUAGUGUGAAAGUAACGAAACUGUUUACCGUUUAAAAAGACAAGCAAGAGAUAAAAUGUGAAGAAAACAUAGCCCCAAUAUAGGCAGAGAAAAAACAAGUUUGUACGCUUUUAAGUGCGCAGAGUGGUGGCGUGUUCGCGCUCGCGGAUCAAUUAAUCGUGUUAAUGCGUGUGGCGGGUGAAUGGCGUGCACGCACGGGCUAUUGAAAUGGAAUUUCAAAUAGGUGAGGUUCAGUGAAUAAAAAACACCCCCAGUCCAAGCGAUUAAUACCCCCCCCCCUCCCCCCAAACAAAGCAAACAAACAAAAAAACGAAGCGCAACAUUACUUCACAUUGUUUAUCUGCCCAGGUGAUAUACAUAUAAAAACAAAACGAAAGCAAAACAAACCAAAACAAAAAAAAUACGUGUUGGUACUUCGUAGAAGUUGUGACCCCUUUCGCCCCGGGUGGCGCGUAAAGCGGGUAAAGGUUUCCGAUGCAAAUUUAUCGCACCAUUAUCGGUUCGGUGUGGCCGGUAGGACAAUAGCAGGAUGAUAUGAGGAUGGAAUGGCCAAUCGACGUCGCCAUGAGCGAACAUUUUUGGUGAAUAUUUCACUGUACAGCAGCGACACGCAGAGAGCAGUGCACACACACACACACAUUCCUAGCAAAAGGUGAGGUCACGCGAAAGGUACGAAGUUAGGCAGAUAGAAAGAGAGUGAACAGAAUAUUCCUAAAAAAAUAAAAGUCGGCAAAGAUCUGUUGGUCCAUCUUGACGAAAAUGUUAAGCAAACGAGAGGAAACGAAGACAAAAACAGCUAAUACAGAAGCCGAACACUUUAAAUACCCGGAUUUGAUACCCUUAUCGCCCCGAAGGUGGAUUGGUAAAUCGGUCGUUUUUUUCCUAACCCAAAUCAAGAAGAUUUUCUAGAAAUAAAGCACGAAAAUGGCCCGAUUUAGGCGCGAAUAUUUAGGUAAAAUGGACAUCAGUUAAAAUAUUAAAAAAAAACACAUACACACUAUCGAUUCGAAUAAGAGAAACACUAAACAAAAUGAUUUAUCACACAUAAAAAGGAGGGAAAACAAAGCGAAAAAUAAGGAGCAUUUAAUUAACUUAAAUAAGCUCCCCCUAAGAGGCUGUAAAAUAGUCACCACUGGCUUUGGUUAAUGAGUUGAAGUGUGGUCUGUGUUAGCGCCAUCACCAUCGCCAGCCCGCCAAAACUAAACAAAUUAAGGCUAAGUGAAGAGUACCGGUGCCAAAGAGUGAGGGAGGCGGCAUACCAUUUGUUGAUCAUUUGUAAAGCGUACUUUAAAUCCUUUAAAAAAAUGCCAUUAACCACUAGCUGCUAAGCCACAACAACAUCGACAACAUGGUUCAACAAACUUUAAGCUACAUUUCUCUACACUAGCCUAACACGGGCGAUAAAAAAAGAAAACUCUCCGUUUGAUAAGUUUUAUAUAUUGUACGGAAACCCUAAUCAUAAGAUAAUCCCUUUAUUGUUUUAUUGUGCAUUAGCCUGGUUUCGAUCAGUCGAUCAUCAUCGUGUUGCUGCGAAAAGCGAAACCAUUGCCGCGCAACGCAUCCUUUGAUUUUCAAUUUCUUCACGGCUUUGCGCAGUGCGCCUGUGUGUAUACUAUCCGCGGAGCAUGCGUUCGCUCCUGUUUCUUGAGGCCAAACAAAACUCCCAUUACAGGGUUUCCCACGAUUUAUUGGUUGGUUCCCACGAUUUAUUGGUGCGUUCCCACGAUUUUUUGGUCAUUUCCCAUAAUUUUUUGGUAGCAACCCACGAUUUAUUGGUCGGUUCCCAAAUAUUAUUGGUCGGUUCCCAAAUAUUAUUGGUCGUUUCCCAAAUAUUAUUGGUCGGUUCCCAAAUAUAAUAUAAUAUAAUACCGACCAAUAAUAUUUGGGAAACGACCAAUAAUAUUUGGGAACCGACCAAUAAUAUUUGGGAACCGACCAAUAAAUCGUGGGUUGCUACCAAAAAAUUAUGGGAAAUGACCAAAAAAUCGUGGGAACGCACCAAUAAAUCGUGGGAACCAACCAAUAAAUCGUGGGAAACCCUGUAAAUUGUAAGCGCGAUUUCGAGAUGUUAAACAGCAUAUUGGGCCAGUGUAAAAGAGAGUUAGAAAAGAAAUACGUUGUGUUUGACAAAGGUUUUGAGGUUUGUGUUUUUAAAACGCCACCAUCGUACACAGUGUUAGUGCCAAACCAAACGGCCCCACGGUUCCUUUUGCUAGUUGUUUGUUUUUUGUCCCUUACAUCCGAGAGAGUCGGAAUCACAGAGCCCCGAUUCGUUAGACACACAGACCCACAAACACAUACGUUAAGUUUGAUCGUUCACGAUGAUUGCUUUGUACUGUAAUUGUAAAUAAAGGUUAUUGGAUAGUAAACAGCUGCGAUCAUGCGAUUAGGAUUCGAAAAAAGAGAAAGAGAACGCAAAGAAGAAAGAGAUAAAUACCACAAAACACGCACACACACAAACACAGUACCACAUAUUCUAAAUAGUUAGCGAUAGUGAAAGCGAAGAAGCGAAAUUCCAAAUCUAUAUUCUUAUCCCGUACGGACAAUGGUAAACGAUUAAGCUGUGCGCUUUGAGAUGAUUUUUAGUGCACAAUCGUUACCCCAUUCAGAGAGUUCUUAGUAGCUAAGGGUUCCUAACAUAACGUUGUAAGCGAUACACA